CUCAUUGGCGGCGCAUCCACUCGACUGCGCGGAGGCGGGACGAGUGGGGAGCUCCGGACUGGAGGCUGCACUGCACCCGGAGAGCUGAUCCUGCACUGCAGCGCUGCCCAAUCCUCCACAGCCCCUUUCCAGAUAAGUCAGCAUGCUGCGCUUCCUGGUGCCCCGGCUGCUUUGCCUUCGAGGCAGGACAGCCCCAUACUCCUCAGCGGCCCUCCCAAACCCCAUCCAGAACCCAGAUAUCCGCUACAACCAGCUGUUCAUCAACAACGAGUGGCAAGAUGCGGUCAGCAAGAAGACCUUCCCCACGGUCAACCCCACCACGGGAGAGGUCAUAGGGCAUGUGGCUGAAGGAGACCGGGCUGACGUGGAUCGCGCUGUGAGAGCAGCCCGCGAGGCCUUCCGCCUGGGGUCCCCGUGGCGCCGGAUGGAUGCCUCUGAGCGGGGCCGGCUGCUGAACCGCCUGGCUGACCUGGUGGAGCGGGAUCGUGUCUACUUGGCUUCGCUGGAGACCUUAGACAACGGGAAGCCAUUCCAGGAGUCUUAUGUCUUGGACCUGGAUGAGGUCAUCAAGGUGUACCGCUACUUCGCUGGCUGGGCUGACAAGUGGCACGGCAAGACCAUCCCCAUGGAUGGGGAGCAUUUUUGCUUCACCCGGCAUGAGCCCGUUGGCGUCUGUGGCCAGAUCAUUCCCUGGAACUUCCCCCUGGUCAUGCAGGGCUGGAAGCUCGCCCCAGCGCUUGCCACGGGCAACACUGUCGUCAUGAAGGUUGCAGAGCAGACCCCUCUCUCCGCCCUGUACUUGGCCUCCCUCAUCAAGGAGGCAGGCUUUCCCCCUGGGGUGGUGAACAUCAUCACCGGCUACGGCCCCACAGCAGGAGCGGCCAUCGCCCAGCACAUGGAUAUUGACAAAGUGGCCUUCACUGGCUCCACCGAGGUGGGCCACCUGAUCCAGAAGGCGGCUGGUGAUUCUAACCUCAAGAGAGUCACGCUGGAGCUGGGUGGGAAGAGCCCCAGCAUCGUGCUGGCUGACGCCGACAUGGGCCACGCUGUGGAGCAGUGCCACGAAGCCCUCUUCUUCAACAUGGGCCAGUGCUGCUGUGCAGGUUCCCGCACCUUCGUCGAGGAAUCCAUCUAUGAUGAGUUUCUGGAGAGAACCGUAGAGAAAGCUAAGCAGAGGAAAGUUGGGAACCCCUUUGCGCUGGACACCCAGCAGGGUCCCCAGGUGGACAAAGAACAGUUUGAAAAAAUCCUGGGCUACAUCCAGGUCGGCCAGAAGGAGGGUGCCAAGCUCCUCUGCGGCGGGGAGCGUUUGGGGGAUCGUGGUUUUUUCAUCAAGCCCACAGUCUUUGGUGGAGUGCAGGAUGACAUGAGGAUUGCUAAGGAGGAGAUCUUUGGCCCUGUGCAGCCCUUGUUCAAGUUCAAGAAGAUCGAGGAGGUGAUCGAGAGGGCCAACAAGACCAGGUAUGGUCUGGCUGCUGCGGUGUUCACCCGGGACCUGGACAAGGCUUUGUACUUCACGCAGGCCCUCCAGGCUGGGACAGUUUGGGUGAACACCUACAACAUUGUCACCUGCCACACGCCCUUCGGAGGCUUUAAGGAGUCUGGCAAUGGGAGGGAGCUGGGGGAGGAUGGGCUGAAGGCCUAUACCGAGGUGAAGACAGUCACCAUCAAGGUUCCAGAGAAGAACUCGUAAGUGUAACACCACGGAGACCCAGCUGCAGUCCUGGCGUGCUGCAACCACUCCACCAUGCUUGUGUGGGCCUCCCAGGAACAAAUAAAGAGGUUUAAAGGGUUUUAAGUAAAGCAUUUAAAAUCAGAGCUGCACUAGUUAGAGCAGGGGUGGGGGCUGGGCCAUCUGCUACCCAACCUCCCUGUUGGCUUUGAGUUACUUCCUUGCAACCAUGGAAGUCUCCAGAAGAUUGAUUAAAACAGCUGAUCCAGAUGAUGGCUUUAGUUCUUCUUACUGGUCCAGGGACUUCCCAGUGCAUUAGCCUGAUGGCUGUUCCAGACUGUGGCUUCUUCCUACUGAUUCAGGGACUUCCCUGAUGGAUUCAACUCAGAGCUGGGAUUGGAAGGCACUAGGAUUUUUUGGGUAGAUAACCCUCUUCUGUUUUUCUAGACUUCACUUGAAAAUUGACAUGACAUAAAACUCAAGGAUGUUUUCCUUUUCUAAAUACCAGUUGCUGACUGUUUUGCUUGUUUGUUUGUGAUUUUGCUACUGAUUUUCUUAAAUUUUAGAAAAGGAAUUACUAACAAAUCAUGUAUUUACAUAACCAGAUAAACAAUCCAAAUGCCCAUUAGCUGGUGAGUGGAUAAACAAAAUGUUCCCUUGGACUAUUCCAUGUACUGGUCUGCCCUAAAAAGGAAUGAAGGAAGUCCUAUCAUCUUCUACAACAUGGGUGACCCUUAAAACCGUUAUGACCUUAUAUUGUAUCAAUAGACAAGUCCCAAGACAGACACUUGCAACUAGAUGUUGCCAGGCACUGGGGGAGGAGGGAAGUGGGUGUAACUGCUCACCUGUAUGGGAUUUCUUUGGGGGAUGUUUUGAAAUCUUCUGGAAUUGAAUAGUGGUAAUGGUUGCACAGAUUUACAGGUUUACACUAAAAUAUGUACACGUG